UGGAGGUGAAAUAGUGCUCAUUUUUGCUCUUGUUGAAGAAGCUAUUCCUUCUUCAAUUUUUUUUUUUUUCAUAUGGCUUCUCUCACUCUAAAGCAUUUAUUCUUUGCAGCUGCUCUACUUUGCAUUGCUUGUUCCCGUUGUAGAGCACAAGAUGCAGUUCAGAUUGUAGCCAGCGCAGCUCUUUGCUUUGACAAUCGUACAGUGAUCAAUGGGUGCCUCCAAUCAAUGGGAAUAAACUUGAAUGGAACUGCAAAUGCAACUAAUGCCAAUACUAGUAACCACACUACUGGUGCUCCUCCUGCUCCCACUGGGCUAAUCCCUUUCAAGAAAAACAUUACGGCGUCUACUUCGACAUCUAAUGCGACCGCGGGAUUAUGCAAUGGGCCAUGCUUUGGGCAAAUGAUGCUGAUCAUGAACUGCGUAAACGGGAUUAUGGCCAAUUUUCAAGGGUACAACCCAGGGCUCAUGCAAGGAGUUAUGGCCAUAUUUCAAAUGUCAUGUGGUGUUGGUAGUGGGAAUAACAGCAGUGGUGGCUCUCAAUCGGAUGGCGGCAGUGGAGCAGGUUCACUUGCUGCGGCUCAUGCCGGAAACAUGACGAUUGCACCGAACAAUGGGAACGAACUCAUUAUUCCUAAACUCAUUACAUCAUGGAUACCAAUAUUUUUGGCUACUCUUUGGCUACAAUGGAGCAAGUAAUGAAUGAAGCACAUUGAUGAAGAAGAAUGUAAGAAGCCAAUUCCUUCUAUAGCAAUUUGGAGGUAUCAGAAACCCUUCAUGCCUCCAAAGAUGAGAGAGAGUGUGUACAAUAAGAAAAGAUGGUGAGGAUGAACUUUGAUUGCUGUAAAAUUACAUUCUUCUUGCUUCAUUUAUUACAUGUACAACAUCAUGUUUCAAGAGAUGUAAAACUUUUCACACUUGUACUACUAUUCGAUUGACGGCGUGGUGUGUUUUAAUUACUA